GGGUGGGGGGGCCAGGGAAGAAGAAAUAGACAGCUGUCUCUUUAAAAUGUCAUUUCCUUCUAUUGUAUUGGAGUCGUGAUCAGGAAAGAGGAUGUGAAAGCAGAGCGGCUCGGAGGGAGGGAGAGAGCGAGAGAGAGAGAGAGAAGGAAAGACACAGACACAGAGAGAAGAGCUUCAGAAGUGGGACCAGCAGUAAGAAGAAGAAGAAGAGGAAGAAAUAGAUGAAGGAGGAGCCGCUGUCCUGCUGCUGCUGAUGGUGGUGGCGGAGGAGGAGGAGCAGCAAGGGAUGCUGAGCUCUGCCUAAAGCAGGGAGCCUAAAGGGAAAGAGAGAGAAAGAGAGGAGGAUUCAUCCCGGGAUCGAAGCGCGGCAAGGACCAAGCGCCUGGCCAGGAUGGGAAGCUGAAAGCCCUCCGGGCUCCCGGGAAGAAGGGUCUCUCCCCGAAAGGCCGCCUCCCGACGCCCCGGGCUCCUUUGGUCUGCCUGCCUGUAGCCUUCCUCUUCUUUCUCCCUUUCCCGAAGGGAGCCCCGUGGAUGUGGUCGCGGGUGGGGUGACCCCGAGCCAGACCUGCCAAUGUCCUCGGCCAUCGAAAGGAAAAGCCUCGAGCCCUCCGAGGAACCGGUAGACGAGGUGCUCCAAAUUCCCCCUUCGCUCUUAACAUGUGGAGGUUGCCAACAGAACAUUGGGGACCGUUACUUCCUCAAAGCCAUUGAUCAGUACUGGCACGAAGACUGUCUCAGCUGUGAUUUGUGCGGAUGCAGGCUUGGAGAAGUGGGAAGGCGACUGUAUUAUAAACUGGGCAGAAAGCUCUGUCGAAGAGACUAUCUCAGGCUUUUUGGCCAAGAUGGCUUGUGUGCCUCCUGUGACAAACGCAUCCGGGCCUACGAGAUGACCAUGAGAGUGAAAGACAAAGUAUACCACCUGGAAUGCUUCAAGUGUGCUGCCUGCCAAAAACACUUUUGUGUUGGUGACAGAUACCUUCUUAUCAACUCAGACAUAGUGUGUGAGCAGGACAUCUAUGAAUGGACUAAGAUCAAUGGGAUGAUAUAGCCGACCAGUGCCUCAUAAGCUCUAUAAUCCAUUUCACGGGGAACACAAAUACCUAGGUGUGAUGGUAAGAGCAUCAAUCACAACAUCUUUGUGCUUUGUGCUGGGGAAAGGGAAAAUACAACAGAAAACGCAUACACUGCAUUGUGUACAGACGACGCCUGGGUUUUGAAACAUUAGCAAAUAGAUGGAGUUCUGUUUACAGACUGAUGAUAAACUGACACUCUUGGAGAUGAUUAUGAAAGCAGGGGAAUCUACAAAUGAAGACAAUUGAUUCCCUUGACUAGAAAUACAGUAGUAAUGUGUAAAAAAAAUAUUAUUAUGACUUUGACACAUGCAGACUAGGUUGUGAAACUGAAUUUUUAAACGUCCUUUCUAUUUACUCUAUAUAGACCAUAAUCCCAACAUUAAUUCAAAAUGAGAUGGUGUCACAAAGAUGUGUGUGGUGAGAAGGGGGUUGGAACUCCAAUUCUGUAAGUUCUAGAUAUGGAAGGAGAGGGACUUUACCCCAGCAUGGAAAUAAUUCCCAUCCCCAUCCCACAUAUGGAAUUAAAAAUAUAAGCUCUGGCUGCAGCAUUGCAUAACCAUGCACCCAGUAAUAUACAUUUAAGGGUUUGGCAGACUUAAUGGCAUGUGACUGGGCAAGAGGACUGCAACCUUAAAUUCUAAGCAAUUAUUUAAGGAAACUGAGAUGCACAGCUAUGUUCAGCUGUCAUUCCUGGAAAAUGAGAAAUUCUACCACUUGUUUGUAUACAGAUAAAGAGUUGCUCAGCUAUUUUAUUAACAUAGGCAACACAAAUAAUUGUUUGUGUGUAGUAAGAUCCUGCAGGUUUAAUAAAAAGUAACUCAUCUCA